GGGAGCAGCUGAGAAGUGAGGGUAUCCAAGGUCAGCGUGUCCAUGGACUAAAUCAAAAGUUAUGUCAAGAGUGAGAUGACUGCAUCCUGCUCGGUGACGAGAGACACGAAGUCUAAGUAAGAGGGACUCACGACAUGAUGGCGCACGGGUACGUCUUGCCCGCUGCCGGUCAGAUAGAGACGCGAGGCUUCGUAACUGGUCAGAUUAGGUGCGUCUGUAGAGCGUGGUGUCAUGCUCGUCGAUUGCCAGGUUUGGGACUGCGUUCAGAGUGUACAACGGUGAGUGUGUGCGCAGUAGAUCAUCAUGGUAUCGAAGUAGGCAGAUCGCCCGUCGGUGCAAGUGUUGAUCAAGUACAAGGAAUACAGAAGGGUCAGGUUUGUAGGCAGGCGAACGAAUGGGCACAACGGAGAAGCAUCAGACGAGUUGACGACUGGGAUGCUCUGAGGUUAAUCAGCCAAGUACCAGCGGGGAUAGCCGCCAGACUUGUAGUGCUGGAGUAGAGGUACCAACGUCGUCAUCAGAGAUAUGUGGGAGUGGAAGUAUCAGUACGAAGACAAGUUGGAG